UUCAUUCAUUGCCAUAGUUUGCUUUAACGGUUGCACUGUUUAGCAGCAGCCUCUAAUUAUGAUUCUCUUUACAAUUCACAUGCUGCUUCCCUAUACUACCUUUUUGCAAUUUUCUCUUCUUUAAUCUCUCGCAAUCAGAUCCAAUAAAUACUUCCAACUACUUUAUCACUGACUUCCACACUUCUUAUUGGUCUUCGCUCAAAACAAAAAAAGUGUUCUUCCCAUCUUCUAACUUCUGUUACCGCAAAAGUAAUGCGUUUCCAUCCAUUAUAUUUUCACCAUUCUUCUUCCAUUUCAUCAGGUAUGAAAAAAAAAACAACAACAAAGGAUUCAGCUUUUUGAAGUGUAGUUGAGUUGGUCAAAUCUCAUGUGAACAAAGGAAACUAUUGCUUUCUCUUUAUUCCGUUGCUUUCAUAUUUGCCACUUUUUUUCUGUUCCAUACUUCUUUUCCAUUAUGUAUGCAGUCAAAAUAGAAAAAUUCAGCUUAGAAAGUUCCUUUUGCCUUUUCAAACUCAUGUUAAACUUGUGUGAUUGUAAGGAUUUUAUUGUUAUGGCCUUUUCCAAUCCUCUCUUCUCUCUUGUUAAAGAAUUCCAUAGUUUCUCGUUUUUUUCUUUCUUUCUCCUUCAUGACAUAUAAUUGGGUGUUGUGGACGAAAACCAUGGGAAGACAGUGGUCUCUCUUCAGUGCCAUGGAUACCCUCUUGUUGUGUAUCCUUCUUUCUUCUGAAGUUGUUUUGACUAGUUAUCAAAACGUUGGCAAAGUUUAUCCGGGAAUUGAAGGUUCUCAAAUGAAUUGGAUUGACAGGUAUGGAAUUUUGCUUGAGUCAUAUAAUGGAGAAUUUGGCUUUGGUUUGGUCACCACUGCAAAUGACUCCACAUUGUUUCUACUAGCAAUAGUCCACAUGCACACCCCCAAGUUGGUUUGGGUUGCAAAUAGGGAACUUCCUGUUUCCAAUUCUGAUAAAUUUGUGUUUGAUGAGAAGGGCAAUGUCAUUUUGCAUAAAGGAGAAAGUGUGGUGUGGUCUACAUAUACAAGUGGCAAGGGUGUUUCUUCAAUGGAAUUGAAGGACACUGGAAACUUGGUUUUGCUAGGGAAUGAUAGUAGAGUGAUUUGGCAAAGUUUCAGCCACCCUACAGAUACCUUGUUGCCAAUGCAAGAUUUCAUUGAGGGAAUGAAACUUGUCAGUGAACCUGGUCCUAACAACUUGACCUAUGUUCUUGAGAUUGAAUCUGGCAGUGUCAUUCUCUCCACUGGUUUACAAACUCCACAGCCUUAUUGGUCUAUGAAGAAGGAUAGCCGCAAAAAAAUUGUCAACAAAAAUGGUGAUGUGGUGGCUUCAGCUACUCUUGAUGCAAACUCCUGGAGGUUCUAUGAUGAGACUAAAUCCUUGUUGUGGGAAUUGGAUUUUGCUGAAGAAUCAGAUGCAAAUGCCACUUGGAUUGCAGUUUUGGGAAGUGAUGGCUUCAUCACUUUCUCCAAUCUUCUAAGUGGAGGGUCAAUUGUUGCUUCACCAACAAGAAUACCACAAGAUUCUUGCAGCACUCCAGAACCUUGUGAUCCCUAUAACAUAUGCAGUGGUGAAAAAAAGUGCACCUGCCCUUCUGUUCUUAGCUCUAGGCCUAAUUGCAAACCCGGGUUUGUCUCUCCUUGCAACUCAAAAAGCACCAUUGAGCUUGUAAAAGCUGAUGAUAGACUCAAUUACUUUGCACUUGGGUUUGUUCCACCCUCUUCAAAGACUGAUUUGAUUGGUUGCAAAACCUCUUGCAGUGCAAAUUGCUCAUGCCUUGCUAUGUUCUUCAACAGCAGUUCAGGGAACUGUUUCCUGUUUGACAGGAUUGGAAGCUUUGAGAAAUCUGACAAAGAUUCGGGUUUAGUGUCCUAUAUUAAGGUGGUAUCUAGUGAAGGAGACACUAGAGACAGUGGAAGCAGCAAAAUGCAGACAAUAGUUGUUGUGAUCAUUGUCAUAGUAACAUUGUUUGUCAUUUCUGGUAUGCUAUUCGUGGCACAUAGAUGCUUCAGGAAAAAGGAAGAUUUGCUUGAGUCUCCUCAAGAGGAUUCAGAAGAUGACAGUUUCUUGGAGAGUUUAACUGGCAUGCCAAUCCGUUACAGCUACACUGAUCUAGAAACUGCAACAAGUAACUUCUCUGUGAGGCUUGGAGAAGGGGGUUUCGGUUCAGUAUAUAAAGGAGUUCUACCAGAUGGGACUCAACUAGCUGUGAAGAAGUUGGAAGGAAUUGGCCAAGGGAAGAAAGAGUUCAGAGUUGAAGUAAGCAUUAUAGGGAGCAUUCAUCACCACCAUUUGGUAAGGCUUAAAGGUUUCUGUGCUGAAGGGUCUCAUAGAGUUCUUGCUUAUGAGUACAUGGCUAAUGGUUCAUUGGAUAAAUGGAUAUUCAACAAGAACAAAGAGGAAUUUGUGUUGGAUUGGGAUACAAGGUAUAACAUAGCACUUGGAACAGCAAAAGGACUUGCUUAUCUACAUGAAGAUUGUGACUCAAAGAUUAUUCAUUGUGACAUCAAACCAGAAAAUGUGCUCCUAGAUGAUAAUUUCAGGGUCAAGGUUUCUGAUUUUGGUUUGGCUAAGCUCAUGACACGUGAGCAAAGCCAUGUUUUCACAACACUUAGAGGCACUAGAGGGUAUCUUGCACCUGAGUGGAUCACAAACUGUUCCAUAUCAGAGAAAAGUGAUGUUUAUAGCUAUGGUAUGGUGUUGCUGGAGAUCAUUGGGGGGAGGAAAAACUAUGAUCCCAGUGAAACUUCAGAGAAAUCUCAUUUCCCAUCUUUUGCUUUUAAGAUGGUGGAAGAAGGGAAUGUGAGAGAGAUUCUUGACUCAAAGGUGGAAACUUAUGAAAAUGAUGAAAGGGUUCACAUUGCUGUGAAUGUUGCAUUGUGGUGCAUACAGGAAGACAUGUCUCUUAGGCCUUCCAUGACCAAAGUUGUUCAAAUGUUAGAGGGUCUAUGCACUGUUCAUAAGCCACCAACUUGUUCUGUCCUAGGUUCUCGGUUUUAUUCUACUAGUGAGGUUGGCACUUCUUCAGGGCCAUCAGAUUGUAACAGUGAAGCCAAUCUUUCUGCUGUUAGGCUUUCAGGGCCAAGAUAACAGAAGCUGUAACAUUUUUCUUUUUUUGUGUUCAUUUUUAGGAUGUUGCUGAGGAAAUUGGUAUCAAAUGGAGAGAGAGCCUUUCACACAAUUAGUUAGAUACUCUUGUUGGUAUUGUGGUAGAUACUCUUGUUGGUAUUGUGGAAGGGGUUAGUUUCUUGUAAUGUGGUGAAUCAUGAUUUGAAUCUUAGAUCGAAAAGGUGCCUACAUUUAGUAUCCAAUGUGCGUUGAACAUGAUUGUCUCUGAAAAGUAGAUACAUGUGAGGAAAUCAAAAAGAAAAUUAGUUAGCUACUCUUGUUGUAUAGGAUUGCCGUACAUCAUGUCCUUGUAAAUUUUGUUUGAGUUACUCAGAUUUUUUUAAUAUACAUCUUCA